AUGUCGCUUUCAAAUAAAACCGUGAAAGAAUUACGACAACUACUCAAGGAGAAAUACACGGUAAAAGAUGAAUCAACUGAAUCCAUAGCGUUAUCCGGUAUGCGAUUUAAACCAUCACAAGAACAAGAAUAUCGAGCUUUGAGCCAAUCAUCAUUGCUAAAAACUAAAUUAAAACAACAUAGUAAUCAGAAUUCACUGACUUACAAUAGAGUACUUAUAUCAAAAUUAUCAUGUGAAAAAAUUUCUCACUACGCAAUUCGUGGGGGAAAUAUAGAAAUCAUGGGUAUAAUGAUGGGUUUCACAUUAAAAGACAAUAUUAUUGUAAUGGACUGUUUCGAUCUUCCUGUAGUAGGAACAGAAACUCGCGUAAAUGCUCAGCUGGAAUCAUAUGAGUAUAUGGUUCAAUAUAUUGAUGAAAUGUAUAAUCAUAACGACAAUGAUCACGGACGAGACUAUAAGGGCGUUAAAUUGAAUGUUGUGGGCUGGUUCCAUUCGCAUCCUGGUUACGACUGUUGGUUAAGUAAUAUAGAUAUCCAAACCCAAGAUUUGAACCAAAGAUUUCAAGACCCAUAUGUUGCAAUUGUGGUCGAUCCAUUAAAGAGCUUAGAAAAUAGAACCUUAAGAAUGGGUGCUUUUCGGACAAUAGGAAAUAAGGAGAAUGAUAACAGUCCACCUUCUUAUUAUGAACUGGAAACCAUUAUAUUUAAUUCGGAUCUGAAUCGCGCAUUAUUUGAAACAAAGUUGAAAUUAUAUUGCGUGGUAGAAGAUGAUGACUCGGAACAAAUGUCAUUAAACAGGUUGAUCGAUUCCAUGAAGCAGUAUAGCUACUUGAUAGAUUCCAGAAAUGUUAAAUUAAGAAUGAGGAUAGCUAGUGUUAGCAACGAAAACAAGGCAGAUGCUGAAGAUCAAAGUCGUUCAACAAAAUCGCACUUCUGCUUCAACACGCAGAAAGGAGAUAGUACCGAAACAAGCUCGUUUGUUAGUAUGUUUUCAGGUGAUAAUGCUAGUGAUGUAGAUAUGGAAGAUAGAAAUCUUACUGAAUUCGAUAGCACAGACACAAGUUUGUACGCCAGUAUUGAACCGAGCCUUCAUGGAAAUCACACGGAAAGGAACAGUAGAUCUACCGAAAAUAUUUCCAGGAACCGUUUCAAUAAUAAUCAAGAGAGACGUAGCGAUGAAUGUAAUGAUCUAUUGCAAAGAAAUGUGCUGGAGACAGAUUAUGCAAGAGCAAAGAAUCGAAUACUUGCUUCUAAAAUAAAGCAGUACGAACGACUAAGAUUCUAUAAGGAUACUUUUACACUGUGA